AUAUUAGGAAAAUAAAGAAUUUGUUGUUAACCACGAAGGUCGAAAUCUUAGUAUAAAUGCAAGGGUUUGUCUUUCACCAGCAUUGUACUCUCAGAUCUCUCAAGAUACAACCACCAUGAACGCUUUGACUGUAGCCGUCUUCGCCUGCUUGGCCAUCUUCGCCGCUGCCAAACCGAGCGGAAUUAUCGGACAUCACGCGGUCGCCUACAAUGUAGUACCAGCCGGACCUACCACCCUUAUUGGUGCUUCGGGAGUAGUAGGACCUCAUGGUGCAGCUGGCCCCUCCGGAGUAGUCAACGGUCAUGGUGCUAUCGGGCCCAAUGGUGAACAUAACGCCCCUGCUCAUCACGGUGCUAUUGUUGCGGCACCCGCCGUUGUAGCAGCACCCGCCAUUGUUGGACACGCAGCCGCUGUUGUAGCCCCACACGCCGCCAUUGUUGCGCCCUCGGCUCAUGCCGUCGUUUCCCCAGGAUUCGUAGGAGCCCAUGGUCUUGGACUUGCUGGUCUUGGAUACGGACACGGACUUGGAUAUGGACAUGGUCUUGGAUAUGGACAUGGUCUUGGUCUCGCCUACGGACAUGGUCACUGGUAAUACGGAUCUAAACGGGGAACCAAAUGCUCAUUUUUGUACCUACCGCAUUCAUGGAACGUAGCUGUGUAGAAUCUAUGCCGUUACUUCAUAAAUCGCUGUACAUAUUUAUUUAAAGUAUUUUUCACUCCAAAUAAAUUUUAUCU